AUGUGCCUUUGUUAUGCAAUCAAAUACUUAUCCUCCCUUCUACAUAUGUCGCCUGUACUAGCAGGACUAUUCAAUUUCUCUGUGUUGGUUGCUUUACAGCUUGUAGCAGCACGUUCUUCAUCCAGCACUGGUAAGGGGAAAAAUCAUGAAGGCUCAAUAAAGUAUGGUUUCAGCCUAGUAAAAGGGAAAGCUAAUCACCCAAUGGAGGAUUAUCAUGUUGCCAAGUUUGCACAGAUAAAAGAUAAUGAAUUGGGUUUAUUUGCUAUCUAUGAUGGCCACUUGGGUGACCGUGUCCCGGCCUACUUGCAGAAACAUUUGUUUACCAACAUUCUGCGGGAGGAGGAAUUUUGGGAAGACCCCACUCUUUCUAUCUCAAAAGCAUACGAGAGCACAGAUCAGGAAAUUCUAUCACACAGUUCUGAUCUUGGGCGUGGUGGAUCAACAGCCGUAACUGCUAUAUUGAUCAAUGGGCGAAGAUUAUGGAUAGCUAAUGUUGGAGACUCACGAGCUGUUCUUUCAAGAAAAGGUCACGCUUUACAAAUGACUACAGACCACGAGCCAAACAUGGAAAGAGGUAGUAUUGAGAAUAGAGGUGGCUUUGUCUCUAAUUUGCCAGGUGAUGUGCCUAGAGUAAAUGGACAACUUGCUGUUUCUCGUGCAUUUGGAGACAAGAGUCUCAAGUCACAUUUGCGCUCAGACCCUGAUGUACAGAAUGCUGACAUAGAUGUUGAUACUGAGAUUCUAAUCCUUGCAAGUGAUGGACUUUGGAAGGUAAUGACUAAUCAAGACGCAGUGGAUAUUGCUAGAAGAUCGAAAGACCCACAGAAAGCAGCUAAGCAACUUACGGCUGAAGCAUUAAAAAGAGAUAGUAAAGAUGAUAUAUCCUGUGUUGUGGUUAAAUUCAGAUGA